AUGAAGUUCACGCCCCUUCUCUCUGUCCUCCCCCUCCUUGCGCUUGCUGCGCCGACCCUCGCUGCCCCGGCCUCGGCCCACGGCAACCGCGUCGCGCGCCACGUUGCGCCCGUCGCACAGGCGCAGAACGUCCACCUCGUGCGCCGCGGCAAGGCGCCCAAGAAGUGCGGCGUCCCCGACCCCGUCGACGACGAGGACGACGAGGCCCCCGCCGCCGAGGGCCACACCGAGGCGCCUGCCCCUGAGGCCCAGCAGCCCGCUCCCGAGGCUGAGAAGGCCGCUGAGGAGAAGCCCGCCGAGGAGAAGCCGGCCGAGGAGACCCCCGCCGAGGAGUGGAAGGAGGAGCACCCCGAGGGCUUCCACGACGAGGGCAAGCACCCCGAGGAGCAGCAGAAGCCAGAGCAGGAGCAGGCCAACCCCAACUUUGGGCACAACCUCAACGCUGCGCCGGUGCCUGAGCACAAGGAGGAGCACAACGAGUGGAAGCCCGAGGAGGAGCACAAGGCCGAGUGGAAGCCUGAGGAGGAGCACAAGGAGGAGUGGAAGGCUCCCGAGGAGGAGCACAAGGAGGAGUGGAAGCCCGAGGAGAACCACAACAACAACAACAAUGGCGGCGGCCACAGCGGCGAGGUCUUCAGCGGCAAGGCGACGCACUACAACGUGCUCAACCCGUGGGAGAACGAGGGCUACCCCGCCGGCACUGUGGCGUGCGACAACGACCGCAAGUUCAACAAUGGCGAGAUCUUUGUCGCGAUGAACUGGCGCCAGUACGACGCCGGCGGCGGCCGCAACGGCGUGUGCUGGCGCCAGGUCCGCAUCACCGACGAGAGCACGGGCAACUCGCAGGUCGCGCAGGUCGUCGACCGCUGCGGCGGCGGCGCGCACGGCUCCCAGUGGGAGACGUGCAAGUGGGGCGACCUCGACCUGUCCGAGCCGCUCUGGAAGGCGCUGCACGGCGACAACAACCGCGGUGUCUUUGACAUCAAGUGGUCGUGGGUGUAA